AGCAUCCACCUUCCAACAAGACCCAUUCCUCCCCAAAAUUCUGUAAAAAGGAAUGGAGCAAACCGCCGCUCCACCACAACCACAGCCUCUCUCCGCCACCACCGCUGCCACAACGGCAACCAUCAACACCACUACCACUACUACACACCCGGACUCCGUAGAGACUUCCCCUCGUUCCCGCAACAAUGAUUGCUGGGCAGAAGAAAAUUCGCUAUACCCAUCUAAUAAUGGUUCUACGGCUGCGGCGGCGCCGGGUGGUUCUGCUAAGCUCCGGUUGAUGUGCAGCUACGGCGGCCACAUAGUUCCUCGCCCUCACGACAAGACCUUGUGUUACGUCGGCGGAGAUACACGCAUCGUUGUCGUAGACCGCCACACUACUCUUUCAGACCUCACUCACCGUCUUGCCAAAACCCUCCUCCGAUCCUCUAUCUCAUCCACGACGGCAUCAUUUACACUUAAAUACCAACUACCUUCUGAAGACCUUGAUUCAUUGAUCUCCGUAACCACCGAUGAAGACUUGGAAAACAUGAUCGACGAAUAUGAGAGACUGAACUCGUCUACCGACGUUAACAAAUCUUCACGGCUCCGAUUGUUCUUGUUUCCGUCUAAACCAGAAUCCGUUUCCUCCAUCGGAUCGCUUCUAGAGAGCACCAAUAAAUCAGAAGAUUGGUUCCUUAACGCGCUCAACGGUACAUCUUCGAUGUUUUCCGAUACUUCAUCCGUGAAUUGCUUGUUAGGUCUUGAAGAUGACGUUUCGAUCCCGGCGAAGAAGGAUGCUAAUCACAAAGGUGUGAUCGGUAAGCAUUUGAGAGGAAAUAAUUCGGUUCAGGAUAUUCAAUCGGUGCCUGACUCUCCGAUGUUGGAAACGUCAUCAUCGUUCGGGUCAGCCUCGUCAUCCCCGUCACUGGCUAACUUGCCGCCGGUUAGAGUAAACGUGGAUGAUCAACAGAAGGUUGGAGGAGGAAUCGAGGAGCAGUUUUCUCAUAUCAGUGUACAUCAACAGCAAAUCAAACAUCAAGAGGAUGUGAGUUUUCUGACUGCGCCGGCACCGGUUCCGGUGGUGAUUACCGGCGUGCCGAUAGUUUCCAAGGUCGCGAUCACCGAUAAUCCGAAUCGUGUGUUAUCACAAGAUGAGAAAUCGGAGCAGGGGUAUCAGUUGGCCUAUCGCAAGCAACAACAGCAGCAACAACAACAACAAUAUCAGCAUAAACAAUCCAUAGCUUUUGAUUUGCCUUCCCCGGAUUCUGUUUCAAGUGAUGGCAGUAUAACAAAUCCCUUAUCACGACGAACUCCCCCUGUGGUUUAUCAAGAUCCAGUUUCACAAGCCCAAUUUUCUGCUAAUAACAACAACAACAGAGCUUCUGAACACAUUCCAAGUAAUAUUCAUGAUCAAAACACAAGAAUUCAGAUUCAAGAUUCUGCUUAUUUAAUCUCAACUCCAACAACACCAACCCAAGGUGAUCAACAUCAACAGCAUCCCCAAUUGCACCACCAACCACAGUUCAUUCAUACCGCUAUUCCACCACCACAGUACAUCCAGCACCACCCAUACCCAUCCGGGGCGGUUCCAUCUUACUACCAGAUGUACCCAUCUCAUUCCCAGGGCCAACAUCAUGCUCCUCGCCCACUUGAUCAGCAUAAUUUUGUGUAUUAUAUGCCUCCUCCUAAUAAUCAAGUCCCACCACCUCCUUCUAGUUUAUUCACCGGAGCAAGAACUGUCCAACCUGCAACUAAAACUGAAUCUCCGGCAGCCAUGUACAGAACAGCAAGCUCAGGGCCAGGUCAACAACAACAACAACGUCAGCUUCAGCAUCAGCCUCAAUAUGUUGGGUACCCUACCCCUGGAGGUAAUUUUGGUUAUGAGUUUACUGAUCCUUCAAAACAUGUAUACUAUGCAACACCUCAAUCUGCUUCUCCUUCUGCUUCUGCUGCACAAUAUCAAACCAUGGUCUCAAGUUUGUCUGUUCCUUCUCCUGUUGAAGCUGCCGCUUCUCAUCUUCAGACAGAUAAUAAUUUGAGAACAACAUCACAGCCUUGAGCCCUUGACAGGUGAAAAUUUUGCAGCCAAUUGUGUUUUGUUCUAUCUUAUUCUUAUAUUUAUAUUUUAUCUUUUUAUCUUUUGCAUUGGUAUUGGUUUGUGGUAUGUAUUUGUGAUUCUUGUUAAAAAACAA